GCGGCGGCGACAGAGCGGGGACUGCGGGGACAGCCAGGCGGCCGCGCCGGCAGCGACGCCCGGGGAAGCCCGCGCCCCGCCUGCGCCUCCGAGGCGUGCCCGGGAGCGGGAGCGGCCCAGCGGCCCGCGAAGGCAGAGGCGAGCGCCGGGCGCCGGGCGGCAGAGAGCCGGGCAGCGGCCGGAGGCAGCCGCAGAGCGAGCGGGGGCCGGCGGAGGGCGCCGGGCGCGAGCAAGCCGGCGCCGCGGCAGCGGAGGCGGCUUCGCGGGAGACAAAAGCCCGCCCGAGAGACGCGAUGCCCGGCCGGCGCGGGCGCGGGGGCCGCGGCGUCUGAGCACCCCCCACGCCCCCGAGCCGUGCGCCCCGCGGACGCCGAGCCGGGCCGGUGCCCGCGGCGGAGGGCGACAGGGGCGGCCCAGGUGCGCCCGGCCGCGUCGGGCCCGUCACUGCUCGGGGGGCGGCGCCCUCCCGUCGCCGCCGCAGUGGCCGGCGCCGCAGCGAGGAGCCAUGGGCAACAUCUCCUCCAACAUCUCGGCCUUCCAGUCCCUGCACAUCGUCAUGCUGGGCUUGGACUCGGCCGGCAAGACCACGGUGCUCUACCGGCUCAAGUUCAACGAGUUCGUGAACACGGUGCCCACCAUCGGCUUCAACACGGAGAAGAUCAAGCUGAGCAACGGCACGGCCAAGGGCAUCAGCUGCCACUUCUGGGACGUAGGCGGCCAGGAGAAGCUGCGGCCGCUGUGGAAGUCCUACAGCCGCUGCACGGACGGCAUCAUCUACGUGGUGGACUCGGUGGACGUGGACCGGCUGGAGGAGGCCAAGACGGAGCUGCACAAGGUGACCAAGUUCGCCGAGAACCAGGGCACGCCGCUGCUGGUCAUCGCCAACAAGCAGGACCUCCCCAAGUCGCUGCCGGUGGCCGAGAUCGAGAAGCAGCUGGCGCUGCACGAGCUCAUCCCGGCCACCACCUACCACGUCCAGCCGGCGUGCGCCAUCAUCGGCGAGGGCCUCACCGAGGGCAUGGACAAGCUCUAUGAGAUGAUCCUGAAACGCAGGAAGUCCCUCAAGCAGAAGAAGAAGCGGUAAUGCGCCCGGCUCCGGUGGCGAGCGAGCGGGGAGCGAGCCGGGAGCGAGCCAGCGGGUCAGGGAUGGAUGGAUGGACGGACGGAUGGAUGGAUGGAUGGAUGGAUGGGUGGAUGAACGAGAAUCUGCGCCCGCGAACAAAGACAGAGAACCAAAGCAAUGCUUCGAAUUUUUAAAACGGAAUCUGUGCACCCAGACGCAGGACUAGUGACUUAACCUGGGUGUGUACGCUGACUUGCCAGCCUGCCCUCGAUCCGCCCCCACCCCCAGCUCAGGGGACCUUUUGUCUGGAUGCCAGAGCUACUACUAAUGGGUGGGGGGCGCUGGGGAGUGGACGUGCCUGGCCUGCUGUCCGCCCUCCCGGCCCAGGUGGAAGGCUCAGAUGUCAGAGACAAAAGCGAUUUCUUCCUCCAGCGGGGCCAGAAGUUCAGGCUGCCCCGCCCUCACUGGGGGCUCCCACCUGUGAGUUACCGGAGGUAUGCGGUUCCCAGAACCCUGGGAGUACCUAUUUGGGGGCAUGAUGGCUGUGGGAGGUGCUGGGGGGGCGGGUAACUGCUGCCCCUUGCGUUCAUGGGCUCUGGAAGCUGGAUAAUUUUAUGUCACAGGGCAGGCCCCUGUUGAAAUUUCAUUUGUCCUGCUCUGGGCCCAAACGAGGUGGGGAUUUGGGCCAUGAGAGGACUGCCUGGAACAAUACAGCAGCCCCAGAGCCCCGGGCGUUCCGCUGGCCUUGGCUGGUGAAUGGCCGCGAAGAUGCCCCUUUCCUGGUGCUUUAUGGUGGCUACGGAAGACCAGUUCGAUUGAGAACUGCUUUUCAGCCUGGAAUCAGACAUCUUCCAGAGGGUUUGGACACUGUCCAUGUGUAGGUCAUUAUCACACAAAGAGACCAAUAAAAAUUUUAAAAAAAGAAACUGUCGGAGGUGGUGGCAAAUGAUGUAUUUACUGUUUGCAGGAUAGUUAAAGGUGUUUAAAGGGUAAGGCUCUUGGCGUAAAUGCUGGUUGGGGUGUAUGUGUAGAUACAGGGACCUCCCUCUGUACUGUGUAAUCGGCAUAAAUACCUAGACCCAUAUGUGUGGAAUCUGAAAAUCUCUUAGCCUACUGAUUGGUUUGUGUAAGCACACCAGCUGCAGAUGUGUGCUGAAAUGCAAGAUGGUUUUUGCCAGGGAUGCCUCUUGUAAUACUAACCGCCUGAUGAUGGGUUUUGGUUUUCAGACAUGUUUUUAAAAAAAUUCUACAAACGAAUACUCACCUUGGAAAUAUUCACCUUAGGGGGGGGGGAAAGACUUUGCUCUGCCCUUUUAGAUCCCUUUACGCUGCAAGUGGCAACAUGUUCAGAUUUCUAAUUUGGUUCAUUGUGGCCUAUCUGGUUUAAGUAUUUCAUUAGAAAUGUCUCGUUAGAGUAUUUGAUGUCAUGCACCAAAAAGUAAAACCCCACCUUGUUGCAAAAGCCGACCUCGUUGCAUGGAUUUAAGAGCGAAGGAAAAGCACAAGGAUGAGGUCCUUCCUAAUCCAUUCUUGUGGGAACUGGCCUUCGUAGCAAAUGCAGACAAUGAGUGCUUGAGAUAAAAGAAAGCGUGUGAUGUAAUGAUCACUGUACUCAGGCACUUCACAGUUUACUUGAAAGAGGCUUUGGAAAAUAGAUAAAGCAAAAGAAGAAUAAAUACAUAUUUUUAAUAAUGUAAUUUAAAAAUCCUUUAUAAUCAGGACUGAGUCUUGGUUUGCAGAAGAUGUCAUUUACCCUGAAACACAGUAUCGAAAGGGAAACUUAACACUUAACUGUUUGAUUUUUAUUUCCUCUGAAAAUUCAUGUUUACAGGUAGAAUUAUGUGUAUCGCCCCCUCCCCUCACUAUGAGAAAUUUCUUUUACGAAGGAGGCCUAUAGAAAUGGGGCAUGAUCAUGCUUGGGCAUGUGAGUUAGUCAAAUUAUAAAUCCAUGCCUAUUGUCCAUUGCACUCAGAAAGUUAAUUUAAGAACCAGAGGUUGAAGUCCUGGCUUCCUGCUUGAAACCCAAUUCUUAUAGGAAAUAUUGGAAAAGAGGAAACCUAGCCCAUCUUCCUUUUAUCUUUUGUCGGUGAAUUUGGUACCUCUCCAAUGCUGGUCUUUUUGUAGGAACUCAGUAGAGAAAAGAGAGCUAACGAAGUGUGAAAGCCUGCAGGAUUUCGGUUUACAUAUCGACAGCAUAGUCACUGAUUUCUAAAUGGGCUGGUCCCAUCAUCUGAAGAUUCUGUAUAGAGUUAUUAAAAAAAAAAAUCCAUCUUCCUUUAUUUUCUUCACAUGUAACAAUUUCUUAUGCACUUUGACAUUUUGGUAGUUCCACACUAUUGAGAGAAUAAUAUAUUUAUUUUGUGACAUUGCCAAUGCCAAAUACUGUCACCAUCUCGUGCUAACCAUACUUAGGUUCGAGAUCACUGUUCAGAUCCCGUCAUGCUUAACCAACGAAGCGACAUGAUUUUGGGUUUUGCAUUAUCAAGACUUAAGGGUGCAGUCAGCUGUUCGUAAUUGUGCAGUAAAGUAAAGCCCUGUGGUGUGUCCACUAAUAGUUAAGAGUCUCAGUUGAUUUCUGUCAUGUUUGACCUAAUAAUAGCCCAUUUUUGUCUCUGACCAAACAGAGGAAGCGCACAUCAGAUCACCUUGGAGUGGUCCUGGGGGAGUUCUCUCCUACAUAUCAUCAGUGAUUUAUUAUACCUCCUGGCCUUUGGAGAAUGAAUGGGUUUCACACCGAGGAAGUUGGCCUCCCCACGUGAGCUUUUGAAAUUGUUUCUCAUAGACACAGGGAGGCCGAUUUUGUUUCAAACGGAUUCUCUUCACAGAUUCUCUGUCAUGGUGUUGGGACGAUGUCUCCUGGUUUCAGUUUUCGUUUCUACUGCUGUAAUUCUCUGUCCUGAACAUUCUUCUGUUCCUGUUCCCUUUUAUAUGCAUAUAUGAUGCUGUGAACAGAAAUAAAUUAUUUAUACAAUCAAA